AUGGUGCAAGGUGACGGAAAAGCUGAAGCCCCGGUGGAAACGGCUGUGGAAAAACGGGAUUAUCUCGCCGAUCUUCAUAAAGCUUUUAAUAAAAUAAGAAAUUCUGAAGAUUUUAACCGGGUUGCACGGAAGGUGCGACCUGUAGCUGCAAGCGCAGAAAGGAUUGUUGUUGAACUGACUAUUGAAGAAGAACAUGUAAACAGCAAAAAAACACUACAUGGAGGUCAAACGGCGGCGUUAUGCGAUAUGGUUACAGCAAGAGCUAUUGGUAUGACUGUAAAAGACAAAGCUAUGGUUUCCGUGGAACUUGCUGUCAGCUACAUGUUGCCUGUGAAGUUGGGUGAAACAAUUGAAAUUGAAGCAUCCGUGCUGAAGAUUGGAAGGAACAUUGCUUUCGCGGAAGCCGAAUUUCGUCGGAAAAGCGAUGGUCGCAUGGUUGCUAAAGGUAAACACACAAUCGCCUUUAUACCAUCGCCGCCAACGACUGAUGGUAAACCAUUCGAACAGUUUUGA